AUGAAUAAGACAUCCGAGCGAAGGCUUCUGAUACUUAACAAGGAAGAGCUUUAUAUAAGGAAGGCCAAUACCAGACGGGAGUUCGACCAUAGAAGGGUGUUAGAUAUACUGCGUCUAGCAGGUAUCCAGUAUCCCGGAGGUAUUAAAAGGGUCCAUCGGGUGGGGACGUAUAAAGCCCCGAAUCCCAAUAGAAAUGGCCCUCCUGCGCGACCCACUUUAGUGGAGUUCGUCGUGGAACAAACUAGUGAUCUACUGCUGUCCCGAUCUGUGUUGUUAGCUCAACAGAAAGGCCGAUAUCAGAUCGCACCAGACGGACCCAAUGCUCGAGAAGUGGGUAUGAAUCCUGACAAAAUAAAGGACCAGGUCCAAACUCGGGGCAUAUCUUCCGGCAGUCGCGCAGCACGCAUACCAGGGGUAUCGCCCGGAGUCGUGGUCAUCGAAGAUGUCCUAGAAGACGAGCAAUGGCAAAGUUGCCUGCAAGGAGACAACGUAGACGAAGAAGCUUCACUAAGGUUCAGCAAAGAGCCACUAGCUGAGGUGGCUCACCAAAAAGACGCGCAGGCCACAAGUACCGCGGAAAAAACUUGCUGCCCCCUACGGGGGCUGUACCCGAGGCCCAAGCAAGAAGGAUCUAUGGGAAACGCAUAG